AUGGCAUCAUCCAUCAAGACAGUCGGCGUGGUUUCCACGGGUGUGAUCGGGUCUAGCUUUAUUGCCUUGUGUCUCUCGCACGGCCUGCGUGUGCUCGUCUGUUCCCCGUCCGGGUCUCCCGACACCGAGACUCGCCUGACGCAGUACCUCGAGCGGACAUGGCCGACCUUGGACCCCGCCUCGCUUCAUCCAGAGGCCAGUAUAACCAACUGGAAGUUCGUCGGCAGGUCACUAGAAGGAUACUUCGACCAGGUCGACUUUAUUCAGGAGAACACGCCCGAAAAGCUGGACCUCAAGCGCGCCAUCAUAGCCGAGCUGGACGCCGGCGCGCGGCCUGACACGAUCAUCGCGUCUUCGUCGUCGGGCAUUCCCGCGUCGCAGAUGAUUACAGACUGCAAGAACCUACCUGGUAGGGUAAUUGUCGGCCACCCGUUCAACCCACCGCAUCUGAUGCCCCUGGUUGAGGUGGUGCCACACCCGGACAGCGACCAUGUGAUCGCAGGACAGGCAGUGACCUUUUAUCAGUCACUUGGGCGCCAGCCAGUGCUGGUUAAGAAGGAACUGCCGGGAUUCGUGGCAAAUAGGCUGCAGGCGGUGUUGCUUCGUGAAGCUAUCAGCCUAGUCCUGGAUGGAGUGUGCUCUGCCGAGGAGCUUGACAACUGUAUGACGAGCACUCUUGCCCCUCGAUGGUCGGUAGCGGGGCCAUUCAUGACGAAUGUCAUGGGAGGUGGCGGCGACAAAAAUGGUUUCAAGCACCUGAUGAGCCAUAUAGCACCAACAACCCAGGUCUGGUUCGAAGACAUUGACAAGAAGAAGGUCAGCCUCGACGAGGAGAGCAUCGAAAAGGUGGACGCUAGCGUGCAGGAGAUGCUCAAGGACCUAGAUAUGGAAAGCUUCAAGAAACAAUGGAUCAAAUCUUUGGUCGAGCUGCAUGCCUGCUGGACACCUGCCCUCCCCUGA